AUGCCCGAAAAAGAGUUGAAUUACAUUGCAACUAAUGAGGUAUCCUCAGACAAAGGUGGAAUAAUCCACGUCAAUGUUUUCGAGGAACAAGACAACAAACCGCCCAUGGGAAGAUGGGAGAACUUUGUAGAUGGGUUCCGGCGUGUUGACGAAGCCGAAUUGGGCCUAGACCCCAAUUUGUCCGAGGCAGAGAAGAUCGCCAUCAUCACUGCCAACUCGCCUUUAUCGAGGUCUUUGAAACCAAGGCAUUUGCAAAUGAUUGCCAUUGGUGGUGCUAUUGGAACAGGUUUAUUUCUUGGAUCGGGUAAGGUCUUGAGAACAGGUGGUCCCGCGUCCGUAGUGAUUGCCUACAUCUUGAUUGGAUGUAUGAUUUUCAGUACUGUGCAUGCUUUGGGAGAGUUGGCGGUGACAUUCCCAGUGUCAGGUGCUUUUGUCACUUACACAACCAGAUUUAUUGAUCCAUCUUGGGGUUUCGCCAUGGCUUGGAACUAUGCUUUGGGAUGGAUUGUUGUGUUCCCGUUGGAAUUGGUUGCUGCUUCGAUCGCUGUAUCAUAUUGGGAUUCAACAACGAAUCCGGCCGCAUUUGUCGCUGCCUUUUAUUUCUUUAUUGUCUUUGUCAAUUUCUUUGGCGUUAAGGGUUAUGGAGAAGCCGAGUUCAUCUUCUCAGCCAUUAAAGUGACGGCCGUUGUUGGCUUCAUUAUUUUGGGCAUAGUUUUGGUUUGUGGUGGCGGACCUAAGGGUGGCUACAUUGGAGGAAAGUACUGGCACCACCCAGGUUCCUUCCACAAUGGAUUUAAAGGACUCUGUUCUGUUUUUGUUACUGCUGCAUUCGCCUUCGGAGGAACAGAGUUGGUUGGUUUGGCUGCGGCAGAAACAGCUAACCCAAGAAAGUCUUUACCUUCGGCCACAAAACAGGUUUUCUGGAGAAUUUCCUUGUUUUAUGUUGUAUCGUUGAUUUUGGUCGGCUGUUUGGUUCCUUAUAAUGAUCCUACUUUGGCUAACAGUGACGGAACCGCACGUUAUUCUCCUUUUGUCAUUGCAAUCAAAAACGCUGGUAUCAGCGGCUUACCUUCUGUUAUGAACGUGGUUAUCAUGGUUGCUGUCUUGUCUGUUGGAAACUCGUCUGUUUUUGCUUCUUCUAGAACAUUAACUGCUUUGGCUGCUGCUGGUCAGGCGCCAAAGUUCUUUGGUUACAUCGACAAGAGAGGAAGACCAUUAUACGGUAUCAUUACCCAAUUACUCUUCGGUUUGAUCUGCUUCAUUUCUGCUUCUCAUAAGCAAGGAAUUGCUUUUGAUUGGAUGUUGGCUCUUUCCGGUUUGUCUUCUCUUUUCACCUGGGGAUCGAUCUGUUUGUGUCACAUUAGAUUCAGAUAUGCCCUCAAGUUCCAGGGUAGAAAUACCGAUGAACUCGCCUUUACCUCCCAGGUUGGAGUUAUUGGCUCGUACUUCGGUCUCAUUUUCAACAUUUUGGUGCUCAUUGCCCAGUUUUGGAUUGCAGUUUGGCCUGUUGGAGGAAAACCCAACGCAAACGACUUUUUCCAGUCUUACUUAUCUGCGCCUGUUGUUUUGGCUUUCUACUUGGGCCACAAGAUCUGGAAAAAGAACUGGAAACUCUACAUUAAGGUGGAGGAUCUUGACAUUGACACGGGUCGCAGAGACUUGGACCUCGAUCUUUUGAAGCAAGAACUUGCUGAAGAGAGGGCACAUAUUGCAAGCUUACCUUUCUAUAAAAGAGCCUAUCAUGUGAUGUGUUGA